GAGGAGGAAUCAUCGGAUCGGACCGUUUGUGAUUCAGCUUCUGACGGCAAGCUUGCGACGAAAUCUUCUAAUAUUGAUUCUGCGGAAGUCAUUGAUACAGGCACCUCAAACUUACGAUUCUCGAAGCCAUUAGUCAAUUGCUCCUCCUAUCUGAAUGGAGGCGCCAAAAUAGUCACUAAACCUCAAAACCAUGUUUCUACUAAGAGCUACGGUCUGAAUCCACUUUUCCACACGACUGCAUCGCAUUCAACCCAGCAGGACACCCAAAAGACUGUAUCAGGCGCAAGUUUGGGAUUUCCUUCUGAUCAUAUUCAAGAAGCUGAAAGACUCUCUACAUCUAAAUGUGUGUAA